AUGAAGGGGUGCCAUGUCUUCUGGACCGGGACACACUGGAAGAUGGAGACGAAGAACGGCCACCCACCAGGCAAACGUCAUGCCGCUGAGGAAGUAUCAGCCGGACUUCAUAAAUCGGGUGGGGAAGAUGCAGUGGUGCGUCGAGAGGGCGGCUGCCUUGAUGGUGCAGAGGACGGUACCCCUUGUCUCCUGGCGUUCGUCCAACAAGUCAUUGAUCCCAAUGUGUAUCCGUUUCCUCCGCCUCGACUAGAACCGAACAGCAACAUGAUCGUUGCGACUGGAAUCAUGGCGGCGCAAACGCCCGCCACUCUCGCCCCUUCAUCGGAUUCCAAGAACUCGGGCCGGAAAUCGGAGAGGCUCGUCAUGUUCGUUGUUGCAAGAAUAAAGGUCGAUGGAAAGCAAGCUCCCAUAAACACGUCGACCACGACAUUGGAUGAGCUGAACGUCUCGUCAAGGCACUGGUUUCGUUACCACGGGCCCGGGUGA